CUGCCCCCUUUUACCUGCCACAAUGCCAACAAAUCAACGCUGUGGCCAUUCCAAGUUUGUAGGAAGUGGAGAGUCAGCCUUGACAUGGAGGCAAACUCACUGCCAGGGAAGUGAACUAAGUUACUGUUUUCAGUCAUAUCGACAAAACAAGUACAGGACUUAGUGCCAUGGAUACCAUCUUUGCUACCGUGGCUUGCUGCCUCCUGGCUGUUUCUUUUGCUGAGGCACACGCAGAAAAAAUGAAUUUGACUAUCACGCCAACCACCCCUGGCUUAAACUUGAAUCACACAACUACACUUGUUACAUCAUCUAACACCACUGUACAUGCAACUGUUAUCUCAAACAUAAGUGAGGACACAACUUCAUUUACCAGCACAACCUGGGACAAUGAAACAUUCAAUGAAACCACAAGUCACCCGCAGACUUAUCAGUCAACAACCAUCUUGAAUCCUCUAACAAAUAGUAGUUUACUGACAACUACCACACCUGGCACUCACACUUCCUCAUUUACAGCUGUGACAAUGCCAGUAAUCCAGUCCACAGCAGGUUACAUAAGUACACCGGAUACUUCAGUAAUUACAACUGCAAAUUCAUCUAACACUGUCAAUACAACUUCAGAUUCAGUGGACAGAAUCACACAAGGUUUUGGACUGGACAUUUCAGAAAAGAACAUGACCAUUGUCUUCAGUGUUGCACUAGGAGUGUUCGGUGUGGCAUUGGUUAUAUUUAUGUUUCAUAGAUGCAAACAGAAAAUCCAAUACUUGCAUCAGCCUCUUAACAACACUGAUGACACAGAUGCAUUCGUGGCAGAUGAUGAUACCCUCAUAAUUUCUGGAGGACUUUAUGAUGGCCAUCCGAUCUACGAUAAUGUACCUACAGCCCCAGAAGACCAAUCUCAAUUUCGCCUUGAAUUCCUUCACUGAGGAGAGACAGUUAACUACAGUUUGAGAUGUGGACACGGAUAUUUUUCCUCAUCCACCAAUUCAUACAAUUUCAAGACUGAAAUUUCACAUUGAAAUUUAAGCUUUUUAUGAGAGGCUAAUGGCUGAGAGGAAGAGAAAAUGAUGAUGGGAAGAACAUUCAAAAAGGAGCAAAACUGAUCGAUUUGAACAUUACUUUUACUGAUUUCACUGUCAACACUAGGACAGAUAAAUAUAUAUAUAUAUACUAAGAGAGUAAUACAUAACAACUACUCUUUCCCAACACCAACAAUAUGAACUUGUUCAAAAUAGAGAUUUAAUGUGUAUAUCAGUUAAGAUAAAUUAUUUCAUAGAAUAGAAUUUAAUGCAAAGUACUUAACAUGGAGGGUAACUUCACUCAAAAUCUAUCUCCAAAUCUCAAGCAAACUUGCUUAAAAGCUAGAACAUGAACACCUAAAUCUGCAUGUCACAAACAAUACUGUUUAACUGAUCCAUAACAAUAUUUUCUCUGCAUGCAAAGAAAUAUAUUUGCCUGUUACUAUUAUUAUUAUAUUUAAUCCCUAACAAAACCAUCUAUGUAUGUUAAGAUAUCGAGUUUACUUGAGUAUGAACUCCUAAACCCUAAACCUGUGUAAUAUUGCUA